GACUUUUCUAGUGCAAUUUAGAGCUAACUUCUUCCACUGUUGAGAAGACACAGGAAAAAAACACUCUGUGAGAGGUUCUGAGGUCCCUUAAGGCUCCCCUUUGCCUUGGAGAAACCUUUGGACAGGGAGAGGAACCUGUAGCAGUGAAACAAUCAUUGUCAGAUUACUGCCAGCAAUCCCAAUCCCUGUGGUAGCAAUCCAGCGGCAAUUUUUACUACUUAGUACCUUCUUUCAAGACCUGAGAAGGGCUGUUAAUGAAAUGCUUUUUCUCAUUGUCCUUCUGCCUUUGGCUAUGGUGCGUCAGCAAUCUCUAGCAGAGAGUAAAACAGUAGUGGGUGACAUGCCUGCAAAGAUACAAAAGGACAUUAUUGACAAACAUAAUGCCAUCCGAAGGUCGGUUAAACCAACUGCCAGCAAUAUGCUGAAAAUGACAUGGGAUCCAAAAGCCAGUGAGACUGCUAAAAAAUGGGUUUCAAAAUGUAAAGAAGGAAUCAGUCCUGCAGAGGAGCGGAUUGUUGAUGGGAUCUACUGUGGUGAGAACGUUUACCAAUCAACCACACCCACUUCAUGGGAAAAUAUAAUCCAAUACUGGGGUACUAAAGCUUCUAAUUUCCGGUAUAGAAUUGGGCCAGUUGGUGACUUAAAUGGUAGUGAUAUCUAUACUCAGCUGAUUUGGUAUAAUUCGCAUCGGGUUGGAUGUGCAGCUGCUGUGUGCAAGGAUCAGUUGACACCUUUCAGAUAUAUCUGUCAUUAUUGUCCCGCAGGAAACAGAAAACCGUUAAUGCGAACACCCUACAAAGCAGGCAGACCUUGUGAAGCAUGCCCAAACAGCUGUGAGAAUAAACUCUGCACCAACUCAUGCAAGUAUGCGGAUCGUAUCACGGACUGUGAUGUACUGCUAGGAAUGUCCAGCUGUAGUGAAGAACUGAUGAAGACAAACUGCAAAGCCACCUGUACCUGCAAAACAGAAAUUAAGUAACUGACACACCGAAUACUACAAACAUCAGUCUUGAGAGAAAACUGCUCUUAUUGAAGUUGGAAAAAAUUGGAAUGAAAAAGGAAGUCCAUUAUUUUCUCUGCUGUUCAAAAUCUGGCAUUUAAAAUUAUGGGUGGAAAACUGAUUCCACAGAUCAUUUGCCCAGAGAAUUAGAUUCAUUUUUUCAACACCUGUAAUUAUGUGUUUCCUUUUUUUA